AUGGAGACAAUGGAAAUCUCCUCCCAGGAGGAUCUCGCCGAACAGCACGAUGUCAAUUUGCCACCAGUUGAUACAGGCAAGGGAGCAUGGCUGUUCUUAGCCGCAUGUUUUAUGAUUGAGGCUUUGAUAUGGGGUUUCACAUUUUCUUAUGGUAUUUUCCAAGACUACUACAGUACUCAUGAGCCCUUCAAGAGCUCAGGUGAUAUUGCUAUUGUUGGAACCUGCGCCAUGGGUGUCUCAUACAUGCUACUGCCUGUCGCUUUCAUUCUUCUACAGGCAAUUCCUCGCCUCAAGCUAUGGGCUGCACCAAUUGGUUUCAUAAUCAUGUGCCUGGCACUUUCACUCAGUUCUUUUGCAAAGAAUACUACCGAUCUCAUUCUAUCUCAGGGAAUUGCAUAUGGUAUUGGCGCCAGUCUAGCAUAUGCUCCCACGAUUGUGUUCAUGGAAGACUGGUUUGUUCGCAGAAAGGGGUUAGCAUUUGGAAUUAUGUGGGCUGGUACUGGUCUUUCUGGCGUCAUUCUUCCCAUCCUUUUGCAGUGGAUGCUGGAUACCUAUGGACAUAAAACCGCAUUACGUGCCUGGUCCAUCAUUCUCUUGGUAAUGGGAGGUCCAUUGCUGUUCUAUCUUCGUCCUCGUCUUCCAAUCUCUCGUGCAUCGCACACUCGACCCUUUGACUUCCGAUUCCUUAUGAAUUCUACUUUCCUGAUCUAUGAAUCCGGGAACAUCCUGGAAGCCAUGGGUUACUUCCUUCCAACCAUCUAUCUCCCCACUUAUGCCAAAAGUCUGGGAGCUAAUACCUUCGAGUCUACUCUCACUGUCAUGUUAUUCAAUCUAGCAUCUGUGUUUGGGUGUGUGAUUAUGGGCACAAUGGUAGAUCGUUACCACGCCACAACAUGCAUCCUGGCUUCGACCGUGGGCAGCACUGUUGCUGUAUUUUUGAUCUGGGGUCUCUCAGAUACCCUUGCUCCGCUCUACAUUUUCUGUAUCUUCUAUGGUCUAUUUGCCGGUUCAUUCACUUCUACCUGGCCGGCAGUUGUCAACGAGAUUAAGAAGAAGAGUGUGUAUGCGGAUCCUAGCAUCAUCUUUGGCCUUUUGUCAACCGGGAGAGGAAUUGGCAAUAUCGUCAGUGGUCCGUUGAGUGGAGCUCUUCUGGAUAGUAAGGCUUGGGAAGGAGUGGCUUCAAAAGGCUAUGGUACUGGUUACGGGCCUUUGAUUGUUUUCACUGGUGUUUCUGCACUUUUGGGUGGUCUGGGUGUAGUUGCGAGAUCGACA